CGCUGGGUGUGGGGCCUCUGUGGUGGUCCUGAUGCGCCCCAUGCCGCAUUGUCUGUAUCUGCAGUCAACACAGAGAGCCGCGGCGUGGGGAUUAAACAGAGUCAGCUCUCUGUGAGCUCGCACAUUGUUUCAGAGGAAGAACUAUUGAAAGCUAUUAAAAAUACAGAAUCACUACGUUUGAAGUUCACUCUACAUUUAACUGAGACUACUGCAGUCGAAUGGGAGACGCUGAUAUGGCGUGGUACACUCUACAUCGGCGUGCCCACUUGUCUUCUUCCCGAGGGCUCCAAAGAAGGAUUUGUGUCACUCUUGGAGUAUGCCGAGGAGGUACUUAACUGCAACAACAUUGUCGUUUGCCUACGCAAAGAUCGCCCUGAUCGAGCUAUGCUGGUUCGAACUUUCAUGUUCCUGGGCUUUCACGUCCUGCCCCCGAACCAUGUACUCAUUCCACCCAACUGCGACUCGGGCAAUCUCUACAUGUUGUACACCGUGGAGUAAUUGUCAAACUCCAAAAUUUAUCCCUUCAACAAUUUCAAAGUAAUUGGAACGAAAAUAAUUCCCCCCCUCCACAUUAAAAUCAUUAUAAUUUGAGUUUGUGGUGCGCCAACAUUGUUGAAAACUAGUGAGCAGUACAUGUAUGUCCUUUAGAUGGAGGAAAAAGGAUCUAGCCCCUUAAUUCAACCAAACAAACCAAGUAAAUUGCCGAAGAAUCUUUUUGAAUAGAUAAUUUGAAUUUAUUGGUGUUCCUCAGAAAAUCGCACUAUACGAUUCUUAAUGAUGUGAAAAAUUUCAAAUGAUUUGUUACGUGAUGAGGAGCCAAUGAAUAUCUCAACCAUGUUAAUCUAAUCGGACACAGCAGAUCAAUCUAGAAGGGAUAAUUAAUGAAGAAAUUGAUGAAAUUAAGUGAACGACAAAGUAUAGUUGGAAAAAUGUAGAACUCUUCAAUUAUAUGAAAAUGCUUUCAAUUUUGAAUUCUCUGAAGCAAUCAACCAACAUCGACUCUGAUUAAAAAGCUCACUGAGAAAUAAAAGCUUUUCGUCACCCCUACGUAUUUCAGAGUGGCAUAGAUUAUAUAUAUGAUGCAAAAUAAGUCUUUAAAUCAUCAAUUAUAGAUCUAAUCGACGCCAUUCGCGAAAACUUGUUAUUGUGAAAUCUCACUGUUAAUCUCUGUGGCAGAUUCGGAAUUAUUCUCCCAAUUAAUUAAUUAAUUAUAUUAUAAGAUGCAUUAUAAGUAUUAUCUGCAAUUUAGUAAUAUAUGUAUUCUAGGAUUGAACGUAGGAUGAUUUAUAAUUAUUCACAUAUUUGGUGUGAUAUUUCAAUGACAAUUAUAAUCCCCUCUUUGGUAUUUUGUUACUAUGGCUUUACAGAUGUAUACAUACAUAGAGAUAUCAAAGCGGUCACAUUUUUCUACCCUCUUCACGCCCUAACGAAGCCGCGAGCUAUCAAAUUCAUAACAAAUUUCAAUCAAUUUUUUCACCGAUAUUGGCCAAUACUCAAGACUAUUUUAACUGCAGCGUGAAUCAGAUGCAAAUGUCAAUCAAAUUAAUCUUUUAACGUUAAUUAUAUGGAUUUUCUACAAUUAAGGCAAUCCUAUAACAGAUGGAGGAAAUAAUAAUAAAAAUAAAUACAAUUGAAAAAAGCCGAAAUAAGUUCGGAAAAUCACUAACCCAGCUGCUAGGUGAAAUUAUUUAUUAUUUUGAUUCAUCAUCGUUCGACAGUAUACUAAUGAAACACGGGAUUUUUUGUCAAUUGUCAUUAAUAUAUCUCAGUCAAAUAAUCAACAUAUUAUUUUCUUGUUCAUUUAUACAAUUGUAGUUUAUUAUAAUAAUGAUAAUUCCGAAUCGAUUAGCUUUGAAGGAUUCACAGUAAUGAGUGCGGCAUCUGUGUUACUCAGCAUAUAAAAAUAUUUUAAAAAUUUACCAAAAAAAAAGAUGAAAAAUCAGAAAAAAAUACAAAAAAAAAAA